GAACGCGGUCGCAUCGUCGCUCGGCAGCGCCGCGACGCCCUCGAGGCGAACUAGACGUGAUACUCUGUGCUCGCCACUACUCGGACUUUUUGGCGUUUCUAACCUUGUCUUUGCGCUGGUGUGUUGCUCCCUUUGUUCAUACGUAUAACGUAGUGUCGUGCGUUAUCUUUUUUGCUCUACUUUCUUACAUACGUUGUUAGUUUGUGACCGUCAGUUCGAGGUGAAUCGUUCGAUUUGUGAGCAAGAAAAAGGAGAGUCCGCUGACGCGGAUUUUCGUCUUACGAAAAUGCAACAGAUUUAUACGUUCUACCGUGUUUAAUGCAGUGGCCUUUUCGAAGUUGCGAAGUUUAUGAAAAUUACGGUAGUCGGCAUCGAGGCGUUGCCAAGGUCACGAGGGAGGAGCUGAGGUCAUCGCUGCACCUAUGUUGUGCGGCGAACUCCUGAACGGUGGCUUCGUCAGUACCGGAGCGGUACCGGUGAUUCCCUACGGUCUCUUAGGAUUCUGGUUGCCGGGUUGUCUACGUGCUACCAGUCCCACUUCUCUCAACUCGUCUUAUCUGACCUUGUUGGCCGAACUUCUGGCCACGGGCCACCUGGAUCAUCGAAGCGAACUGAUGGACCUCGCGAAGAGGAGCCGUCAGGCUCCCACCAACGGGGCGGUCGACCUUGACCUCGACCUGCACGCCGACGACAUCGAUGAGAACGUCUUUCUCGAAAACGGUCUCCUCUCCUUUGAGAAUCCCAACUAUCACUUGGACCCAGCUCGCCUGGACGAUGCUUUGAACAGCAAUGAGAACGGCAGCUCUCUGUACGAUGAAUUGUAUCAGGAAUUGGUCGGAAACGGUGGCAGAAGCGGCGAAGUGACUGGCGGCGGCGGCGGUGGCGGCGGAGGCGGUGGUACGAGGGUGCAAGCCCGCAGAACGUAUGCCACAUUGGAUCUAGGCAGCAUGGGGGUUGACGUCACUCAAGGUCCACUCACACAGGAUUCUGUGACCGAGGACGCACCGGACAAUACCGACAACCAUAACCUAGGGUACCGCAGCGAGGGUGUUGCGGAGUCUGCUCUGGUCGACGACACCCUCAACGGAAAUCCUCGAUCUUCGUCGUCGUCUACCUCGAUUCUGCCUCCCGUUCAGUCAGCAUCCGCGGACACGGUCGACGCUGCGAAUCUAUCGGAUUCGAGAAAUUAUUGCGAGAAGGCGGAUAACGAAACGACAGAAAUGGGAGGCGUUCCACACGUGGAGGGUGGAUUGAACAGCGAGCUGUACGCGGUUCCUGUGAAGCGGAGGCAACCCAAGGAUCAAAAGAACAAUACCACUGUGCAGAACAAUACCCAGGAGAAGCCGGCGGAGGUGGAUACCACCGAUUCCGAGGAUAAAGAUGAGAAUCUGCCACCCGGAUGGCAGAAACACGAGGACGAGAAUGGACCGUAUUAUUGGCACGUUAAAAGUGGAAAUAUACAGAGAGAGCCUCCAGAGGCGCCGCCACAUUCCAAGAGGGAGUCGCGCAGAAGUCUUAUCAAAGACAACGACAGCAUAAAUAACUUUCACACUUUGAGCGGCAUGGUGAACACCGUCACCCGCAGUAACACGAGCUCGGCCCUGGAUCAGGAAUUAGAAAACAAGAGAAAAGUGGAGCUAGCUCUCAAACGAAGGAGCUAUCCCGCACGUGCGGACUCCGAGGGCAGGGACAAACCUAUCAGAUUCGCCGUACGCUCUCUUGGAUGGACAGAAAUCGCCGAAGAGGACCUGACGCCUGAAAGAAGCAGCAAGGCUGUCAACAAGUGUAUCGUAGACUUGUCGCUGGGUAGAAACGAUCUUCUCGAUGUGGUUGGGCGAUGGGGUGAUGGCAAAGAUCUGUUUAUGGAUCUGGACGAAGGAGCGCUGAAACUGAUAGACCCAGAGAAUCUUACCGUUCUCAACACACAGCCAAUUCACACGGUUAGGGUGUGGGGUGUUGGCAGAGAUCACUGCCGUGAAAGAGACUUUGCUUACGUGGCAAGAGACAGAUCGACCCGGAAGCACAUGUGCCAUGUGUUCCGUUGCGAUAUCCCGGCGCGCACGAUCGCGAACACGCUGCGCGAUAUUUGCAAGAAGAUCAUGAUCGAGCGGUCGCAACACCAAAAUCUCGCGAAACCAGUCGACAUCAAUGGACGAACAAGUUUGGCCACAAGACCGACUAAUCUACCCACAGAGCAUAGACGCUUCCAUAGAAACGGACAAGCACUAGUCACACAAUCGUUUCCAACACCGAUGGAGGAGCCAAAGAAAGUGUUGCGAGCACAAUAUCUCGGAUCCAUGCAGGUUUCUCAAGCAACUGGAAUGGAGGUUCUGAAUGACGCGAUAGAUCACAUUGUAACUAACACACCGAUCAACCAGUGGCGAAACGUGAACGUAGCAGUUGCACCCAGUAUGAUUUCCAUCCUUACACCGAACGAAGAGAAACUCAUCACCGAGUGCAGAGUACGUUAUUUGUCGUUCCUCGGCAUCGGUCGCAACGUGAAACAGUGCGCCUUUAUAAUGCACACCGCGCAAGAUCUUUUCAUCGCACACGUCUUCAAUUGCGAGCCUAGCAGCGGAGCCCUAUGCAAAACUAUCGAAGCUGCUUGCAAGCUGAGGUACCAGAAAUGCUUAGACGCACAUCCGCAAGGCUUUAGAAACGCUAGUAGCCUGAAUACUCCAAGUGGAAAGGGUCUUGGCGCUACCUUGAAAUCUCUGGUCGGUUCUUUGACUGGGCGUAGAAACAAGCAGGUUGAUACCUUCGCUCGUUCCUUCGCAGGAACUGUGGCCGCUGCCUGCUGAGCGAGAAGUGAUCAGACACAGACAUCUGCAGUCACCCCUGACCUUGAAGUACUUUAGCGGAUCGCCACCGAGCGCAUCCCUCAGGUCGCUUCUUUCGCCCUCUCUGGACAACAGGCGUAUUCAACUGGCCCGUUGGGAGAGCAAUCCUUAAGAGGAAUGUAGCUGCAGGUUAAGACGAUUCUCGACGAGGAAGAACGAAAGAAGAAAGAAAGGAAGAAAGAAUAAAGCAGAAGAUCGUAUUCUUACGUUAACGACUGAAUUGUGAAUUCUGCAAAGUGCUAUACUAAUUACCACAGCUAUAGUGGACUACGCUUACGUGUGUCGAUAUAAUGUUAUGUAUGUUACACGCAGUGUCUGACAAAAAGAAAAAAAUAAGAAAAGAUAAAAAAUAUAUCGUCGGAGAAAUAAGACGUGAACCUCGUGGAUUGGCGCCACGAAACUCGAGGUAGGAUUCUUCUCAAGGUCGAAAUGUCCAUCGAGUGAACGCUUGCAUGUUUCACUUGGAAUGACCUUCGAAGAAACGGAAACAGCGUUAUCACCGUUUAGGAUCCUUCGAUCGUGAUGCGAAAGCACGUUCAAGGAGUGAUGGUAUCCUGCAAGGUUUGCGACAGGAUAGAGAAAAUAUCUGUAUAUAUACGGGAUGGUAAUUUAUCGCGCUAAAUUUAGUAAAUUCGCUGGAUUUAAAGGAAGUCCAGAGGAAGAGUGAAAGGGGAACGAUGCGUGAGUGACGGAAUGACUGAAGUAGCGUCCUAGCGUAUCCACGAGGCAUUCGAAGAUUAAACGAAAAGACAAACAAGCUAUAGAGAGCUUAAAUGUAUAACAUACAUGUGUAUUCUCGGGUGUACAGAAGAAACGAGACGAGGAUGACCAGACCACACGAAAUAAAACACGUAAUACACGUAUUAUAUAGAAGAGACACGCAUAGAGAUACUCACGCGAUGGAAUACACGAGUACACAUAUGCAUAACAUAUGCAUGCGCAAAAACACAGACGCGCGUACAGAUACACGGACACUUAACACGUGCAGGUAAUAGGAAGUUUAUUUUUUAUGGCGAAUUAUAGAAAAUAAUUUUUUUGCACCUUUUUCAAACGAAGGUAAUACGACAAAUGCUAUAGCGCGACCCGUCCUUUAAAUCCACGGCAAAGAAAGAGACCGAGUCGAACUUACCAAGCUACGUACCGAUCUUGACACUCGCAAUAAUAUAUUAUCGUACGCACAAUCGUUGUGCAAUAACGCUAACGCCUACACAAAAACGAUUAACAACUCUAUUCUGUUGAAACGGUGUAACGAAUCGUUAUCGUCAAUCGUUGUUAUCGUUGUCGUCGUCGUCGUAACGCGCCUCGCUGAACAAAACUAAUUAUCGCUGAAUACCAUCAUGCGCCCAUGUGUUGCAAUGGCGUCGAAAAUUUUAACGAUAAUGAAGUUCCGUAUAAAGGAGGAAUAGAAGCAGAAGAAGAGAAACGAAAGAACAUUAACACCCAAGAAAUUGUCCAGGGAGCUUAUUCACCGCCACGACGUUCUGCGGAACAGCUCGAGCAUCGACGCUUUAACUCUUGCACGUGUGUGUCACGCGAUCACAGAGAGGAAUAAAUUAUAUUGCGUACACGUAUAUUAUCCGCAAACUCAUUAUUCGCACGUGCACAGCGUCGACUGCACCCUUUCACACGCGACGAACGUUCAAAGACACCGUACACUUGCAACCAACAGAGCGAGGAUAGCAUUCGUUCUGUUCGGUGUCGGUCAACGGAAAUCGUGGCACGUUUUAACGAACGUUGCAUCAACGCGCAUCGUAUUCCGCGAAUCAUUGCAGCUCGCGUGUUUACGCGUACGUGACCACACAAAUGCACGACAUCGGCGAUUCGAAAGUAAACUCGGAGCUUACCAAAUUGUACUCCUUACUAGCUAAACGAUCGUCGUUUGAAGUGCUCGCGAUGCCUAAUGUCAAUCAGUAGUUUAGAAAAAAAAAAACCGUGAAUAAUUAAUCCGUACGUGUAUCAUCGUGCGCCGUUUUCUCUUCGGUUCUCGUUUUCUAUCGAUAGCUUUAGGCAUUUUUCCAUACGCGCCGAAUUUUUGCAGCAAAUCGCAGCGAAUUGUACAGAGAACGAAGAAGAAGGUCUACUUCGCCCGAUCCUUGAUUAUUUUCGUACGAUAACCUCGCGAUUAGACACGUGACGAUGUCGCGAACCGACGUCUCAUCCACGUUGUUCCGGCUGUAAUCGAACACGACUAUGCCGAUUGACAACAAUGUGUCUAUCGACUAAAUUUUCUUCGCUCGUUCAGUCGCGCUUCUCACGUUUGACCGAAAGAAAAACGUUCCUAGCAAUCGCGGCAAUACUCUGGUUUGGUUCUCCGCGUGAUAAAAGAUCUCGCGACGGACAGGCGGAAAAGCGGCGUCAUGCAACGAUCCAGAAAAACAAGAACGAACCAGAGAAACAAGAUGAAACGGGACAAGGAGCGGCAAAAUUCACCGGUCGUUUACGUAACAACGCAUGUACUGUCAGCAAGAAAGCUACCGUGGCCAGCAGUAGGUCAACGUUAAUGUCCCGGAACAAAUCGUCCGAAGGGAAAACUGCUUCCUCGCGAGAGAACUAAAAAUCUCUCUGAUUCUCAAGGAAGAAAGCCGGUUUAUUUUCUUGCUUGCAGCACAUCCUCGUCGUCCUUCGAUGACGGUCACACGUCGUGGUAGCCAUCGUCAUUGCAAAAGAUACAAAGUUGUGCGGGACCCAGAACGAAGAGAGAUAUUUCUACAUAUGUAGCGUUUAAAUAAGAAGGGUGGCUGGCCAGAAUAGGAAAGAAAGUUGAGUGGAGCGAGCGUGAAUGUGUUAAAUGGUAAGAAAGAGGAAAGCGUGCAUGGUGUAGGCUGCUUGAUGAGGGAUUCUCAUGUGACAAUUAUACGUAGAUGAGGAUGUAACGAUUAGAGACAGAAUCGCGAAGAUGGUUUUCAUCCUUUGUACAUAAAAAUACAUGUGACGAGGAUCACCUGCCUUUUACUAUAAAGAAGAUGAGAAAUAAGAAGAGAAAUGAUGAGGAACGUAGCGAUAUUAUGAAAGAAAGAUGAAUAAUGCCGCGUGUGCGAAACGCCUCGUCUCAUGGCUGAAUGUUAUAUACAAUAUCUCGGAAGAGAAGGUCCUCGAAGGUCUACCAGCAUUGCAUCGCGGACCUUUUUGGAAAUUCCCUUUCGAUCUAUCCGCAGCUUCGAAUUUUCUUUCGCCUGUAUCUAUCUUGCGUUCCUUCCGUUAUCUGGUCACUCUCAAUCUCUACGCGGGUAGGUUUGAGAACCGUGUCACGAACAAUAACUAAAAGAAAGCCGCGCGACGAGGCCUCCCGUGCGACCCACGCUCCGGAAACUCGAUCAUCCACGUUUUAUAGGAAAGAACCAGCGAUGUUUCUUCUGCUAUUGAUAUAUCGUUGAUACGAUUUCUUGCUUUGAUAUACGAAUAUAUAUAUAAAUAUAUAUAUAUAUACAAAUAUAUAUACAUAUAUAUGGUUGUUGAAUUUACAUUAUCAUAAUGUUAGAUCGGGCGGACGAUCAAGAGUGGCACGAGAUAGCCUCGUGAGCGCGACGAGUGCGCAGAUAAUGUGGUAUGGAUGUAAAUAUAAUUAUUAUACAUUUGUGUAGAAAUGUAAGAGACUAAAGAGGAGAAGAGGAAAGGUCGAGGAGAAGUUCAGAAGUUAAGGACACCAUCGUUGCAUCUAUCGUCCGAGAGAUCACUUACGUCAAGUGAAAUGAAAAAUUGAAACCGACAUAUUAUUCAGACGUACACUUAACGAUACAUACAUGCAUACACGGACAUGCAACACACAGGCACACACAUUACACACGAAAGAGAGAACACACAUUACACACGUUCACAAAGUACGCGUAGCUUAACUGUCUCCUUAAUAUAGGUGUUGACACGCUGUCGAGAAAGGUAGGAGGAUAUCGUGAAAAGAGCGAAUACCGAAGAUACCAACCACGGGUUGAAAGAGGCGGAAAAAAAAAGAAAGAGGUGGAGGAGGGUAAAGGAGAAGGGAAGCCACUUGUAACUGACAUAGAAUAGUGCAAACCUAACUAUAUUUACUGUGACAUGUAAUAUCCUUAAUGAAAAAAAAAAAAUGCGAUCUACUUGAUAGGAGAGUUGUUCUGCACAAACACGAUGCUUCAUUGAUAAUUAUAGUGUCUCUCUCUCUCUCUCUCUUUCUCUAUCUUCAAAAAGUACGUACCUCUCUAUACCUUAUGGCAAUUUAAUGUAUCCAACACGAUAUUUUCGAUCGACAAUUCGUUUCGGCAAAUAGAGGGCGAACGCUUUUCUUCGCGUUCGUCCUCAUUACGGACGACUCUCGUCAUCGUUUACUCGAUUCGAGCUCAUCAUUGAAACGAAUCACGCGAAGAUACGCAUCAUCGAACGAUCAUUGUUAAUUCUAAUUGUAGUCACGGUCACUAUCGUCGCGUUAAUAUGGAGUACAAGUAUAGGGAAUUCACCGUCAUCGUCAUGUCGUCGUAGUUAGUGGGAAGUAUUCUAAAACGGAAGAAAAGGAAAUAUCGUUACCACCGACUAGUAAAAAUCAUGCAGAAGAAAACACAUGGAUAAGAGAAGAACGGGAAGGAAUUUUUAUAUGUACGUAUAAAAAUAUGUAUGUAUAUUCCCGCGUGACGAUCGGCUUUGAAACGUCGAGCGAUCGAUUAAACGUGUAACGUAGACGAUGAAGAACGAUCGACUUCUUUCGUCAACAUUACGAAAAAUCCCACGCGAUGCGACGCGAUCGUCGUUAUCCGAGUGGAAGCCAACGAGAUUCUAUUUGGAACAUUUAGACAAACCAAUUUCCGUUCUUUCGUUUAUCCCUGGAAUAGAAUCUUGCUGCGCGCGUGUAUCUUGAGACGAGAACAAGUUCUAAAAGCAACGAGGAGAGGAAAAAAUAAAAAUGAGAACACCGAGCGACGCGUUUCGUAAUAUUCGACGAGUCCACGUGUCGUUUUUACAGCGUACGAAAGGACAAAACACUUUGUAUGCACCCGCCCCCCUCCCCCAUUGUUCAUGCCCAUUUAUAUUGCGUAGAUGGACCGAUCGAUAAUUAUAAACGGACGUGAGAAUACUAUUAUAUAUAUACAUAUAUAUACAUAUUAUAUAUAUAAAUAUAUAUAUAUAUAAAAGCGACAGAAUGAAACUACUGUAACUACACCUGCCUCUUGUGAAUAAAUGCCUAUUUGUUUCUUUUCAA